UUUUGGUAUAAUGAAAUAAACAUAUACGAUUUUAAAAAGCCUGGUUUCUCAAAGAAAACAGGUCACUUCACAGCGAUGGUGUGGCGUGCAACUGAAAUUUUUGCGGUGGGCGAAGAAGGACAAGCUGAUGGGCAUUUUUAUGUCGUAGCGGAGUAUGACCCGCGAGGAAACAUGGAUGGAGGAUAUGAAAAAAAUGUAAAAGAACUAAGAAAGGUUCCGUCGUCCUGCAUUGACGUAGUUGCGAAUGAGGAGAGUUACAAAUUGUUGAUGGGUGAACUAAAAGUCGAGAACAUUCGGAACAACAAGUUUGUUUAUGAAAGCAACGAAACUUGUCCGGUUCCAAGUAGAGCUACCAAACAGAAAGAAGAGACCUCUCUAAAUCCUGGACAGAGCAAACAGCCUUCGACAGGUCAGCAAGUAGGAAAGACUGGUCCACAAGGGGGCGCGAAUUCUCAACAAGCAGCUAAAAACAAUCAAAAAGUGGGUGUGACUGGUGCCCAAACAGGCACUUCUGCAGGAAAGGAAACAGGAAUGACUGUGAACCUGACACCCUUGGCUAAAACUCCGCAACAGAUAGUCAUCGUGCCUAUCAGCGAACCCAUGGCGGCGGCGAAUACGAACCCCCAGGUAGUACUAGCGGCACCGGAACGUUCUCCUAAAACUGUUCCAAAAGUCAUCGUUGUUCCUGGAAUUAAUCCUCAAGUUCCAGCACAAAAAAUAUCUGUUACACCUGGCGGAAGCAGCGGGGUGCUUCCAACUUUAAAUUCCACAGCAUCUUCAAAUACCACUGUCCAACCAUCAUCAAUUUCCGUCUCAUCUACCACCUUCGUAGCUUCACGACCUACCAGUUCGGUGAAGGUUGGUGAAUUGAAAAUAUGA